AUGGAGCCUCGUGCUGCAUGGAAGCAGUACAUGAGAGGGUUAUGCUUCUCCACCGAGGAGUCCGAUGAGGAAGAUGAGUUGGUCCUAGCGACGCUUGCCGCAUGGCAUAACGACGUCGAAGCUUCGCGCAGAGGGCCGUGGGGAGGCUCCGUCCCCGGGCACCGGCGCAUCCGUAGGAAUCGUCAGGAGGGACACAAUCGAUUGUACAACGACUACUUUGCUGAGUCCACAGUGUACCCCGACUACAUCUUUCGGCGCAGGUUCCGGAUGAAUCGCGAUUUGUACUGCAAGAUUGUGAGGGAGGUGAAGGACCAUGACCCAUGGUUCAAGCAAAGGAGGAACGCUGCCGAAGAGCUUGGGCUGUCACCCUUGCAAAAAGUAACUGCCGCUUUCCGUAUGUUAGCUUACGAUGCUCCUGCAGAUUCUCUUGACGAGUGCCUCCGGCUAGGGGAGAGCACCAUCAUCGAGAGCAUGCGGCGUUUCGUGCGGGCCAUUGUCAAGGUGUUCGGUGACGAGUACCUCCGGGCGCCGACCGAGGAGGACACUGCUCGAUUGCUGGAUAUGAACCAGUGUCGAGGGUUCCCCGGGAUGCUUGGAAGCAUCGAUUGCAUGCACUGGAGGUGGAAGAACUGUCCCACGGCGUGGUCCGGUUCGUUCAGGGGCCAUGUCAAUGCACCGACUAUCAUUCUAGAGGCUGUGGCAUCGCAGGACCUAUGGAUUUGGCAUGCCUUCUUUGGGAUGCCAGGUUCAUUGAACGACAUCAAUGUGCUGCACCGGUCUCAUCUCCUUGACAACCUUGCUGGGGGAGUAGCACCGAAGGUACAAUACUCUAUUAAUGGCCACCAUUAUACAAUGGGGUACUAUCUUGCAGACGGGAUCUACCCAGAGUAG